GAGGACUGUGAGUGCCAGGACCCACACUCGGCAACAUGUCCGUGGAACUGGAGACAUCAGAGGGGCUGGAUGAAUCAGAGAAAAAGAUCUCUGGGGCCUCAGAGCAGGAGAAUCAUGCCAGACUAGCUGACCUUUCAGAGCUCCUGAAGGAAGGGACCAAGGAAGCACACGAUCGGGCAGAAAACACCCAGUUUGUCAAAGACUUCUUGAAAGGCAACAUCAAGAAGGAGCUCUUUAAGCUGGCCACCACUGCACUUUACUACACAUACUCGGCCCUGGAGGAGGAAAUGGACCGCAACAAGGACCACCCAGCCUUUGCUCCCUUGUACUUCCCCACGGAGCUGCACAGGAAGGAAGCACUAACCAAGGACAUGGUAUACUUCUUUGGUGAGAACUGGGCGGAGCAGGUGCAGUGUUCCGUGGCUGCCCAGAAGUAUGUGGAUCGGAUCCACCACGUGGGACAACAUGAACCCGAGCUAUUGGUGGCCCAUGCCUACACCCGCUACAUGGGGGACCUCUCAGGGGGCCAAGUGUUGAAGAAGGUGGCCCAACGUGCUCUGAAGCUCCCCAGCACAGGGGAGGGGACGCAGUUCUACUUGUUUGAGAAUGUGAACAAUGCCCAGCAGUUCAAGCAGUUCUACCGGGCCAGAAUGAACGCCCUGGACCUGAACCUGAAGACCAAGGAGAGGAUCGUGGAGGAGGCCAACAGGGCCUUUGAGUAUAACAUGCAGAUAUUCAGUGAACUGGACCAGGCGGGCUCCAUGCUAGCCAGAGAGACUCUGGAAGAAGGGCUUCCCAUGCACGAUGGGAAAGGAGACGUGCGCAGAUGCCCCUACUAUGCUGCCCAGCAGGACAAAGGUGCCCUGGAGGGCAGCAGCUGCCCCUUCCAAACAGCCAUGGCUGUGCUGAGGAUGCCCAGCCUCCAGCUCAUUCUUGCUGUCGCCGUGGCCCUGGUUGCUGGACUAAUAGCCUGGUACCACAUGUGAAGGACCCCUCCCAUCAUAUCAAACC